AUGGGAGACAGACAACGAGUGCGAGAGAGACCUCAACCUUCUCCGUUUGCUGCCGUCUCUUCCUCUAGUCGUCAGCUCAACUUCGCAACCAUAAUCAUCCCAGAUAAGAACAGGAGAGAAAUCUCCAAAAUUGCAAUAUAUUUCUUCUCUUCCUCAACGCGACCGCACAUCUGGCUCUCCAUCUCUGCCGCCGCUGAACCAUUCCGAUUAGGUGCUUUUAAGUAA